GUUUGAUUUAUAAUCACCGGAAAAAUAUAUAAAUAUGUCGAAACCAAUAAAAGUUCAAGAACUUUUUCGGCUUGGAAGCUGCGGUAUCAGCGAGUCGGACAUACUGUUUGACAAGUGCACGAUGCAAUCAGAUACUUUUAUCUGCGCGUUAAACCAGGUAGGAGAUCGUAAACAGAUGAAUAUUAUCCGAUUAGAAAAUCCUGAAAGACCUUUGCGACUUAAAAUUUCUGCCGACUCUGCUAUUAUGCAUCCGACUUCAUUAAUUGUGGCAGUUCGAGCCGGCAGUGUUCUUCAAAUAUUUGAUAUUCAACGUGAAUCAAAAAAGAAAGAUGCUACUAUGAACGAAGAAGUAGUUUUUUGGCGUUGGAUAAAUACUUCCAUGCUGGCCAUUGUUACAGUUAUGAGCGUUUAUCAUUGGCAAUUGGAAGGCGACUCAAAUCCUAUUAAAAUUUUUGAUAAAGAAAAUCGCCUCAAGGAGAGUAGUAUUAUUAACUAUACUACUGAUAAACAGCAGAAUUGGCUUGUUCUUAUCGGGAUUGCCGCUGAAAAUACGGGCGCUCCAGGGCAGACUAAAGUGGUUGGUCGCAUGCAAUUGUACUCAGUAGAGAAGGGAGUCAGUCAGAUUGUAGAAGGUCACGCGGCGACUUUUGUUAAUUUUAAAUUCGAGUCGAACCCGAGCCCGUUUGUCGUUCUAUCCUUUGCGGUUCGCGGUUCCCAGGGCGACAAGAUCUACUUUACGGACUUGGCCACGUCGGAGCGGAAUUCAGUACGCUUCGAUAAGAAGUGUUCUCCCUUUUAUUUCUCGGCGGAUUUUCCAGCCGACUUUCCCGUGUCUAUGCAGGCUUCAGAUGAACUGGGCGUCGUGUACGCCGUAACAAAGUACGGAUUCGUUCAUGUGUAUGAAGUGGAGACGGGCACCUGCCUCUACCGCACGCGAGUCUCGGAGGAACCGAUAUUUUGCACGGCGCCCCACUUAUCGACUAAUGGGAUUGUGGGCGUGAACAAGAAAGGACGCGUCCUGGUGGUCUGUCUCGAUCUCGAGGCCGUCGUGCCUUACAUGCAACAUGAGCUGGGGGACACUCGACUGGCUGCCCACUUUGCCAUCCGCAACAAUCUGAGUGGUGCUAACGAGCUCUUUUCACAAAGAUUCGAGGAGCUUUUCAAUGCCCGCCAAUACCCGGAAGCCGCGCUGGUGGCGGCCCAGGCUCCAAAGGGUGUUCUGAGAACUGCUGAAACUCUUCAAAGAUUUCGAAACUGCCCUGCGCCUUCUGGGCAACCAUCUCCUUUGCUGCAGUACUUUGGCGUGCUGUUGGAGAGGGGUCACCUCAACCGGCUGGAGUCCAUCGAGCUUGUCCGUCCGGCGUUGCAAGCAGGCCGGCAGAACUUAGUGGAAAGAUGGCUGAAGGAAGAGAAACUUGAGUGUUCUGAGGAGCUAGCCAACGAGAUCAAGGGCUACUACCCCCUUUUGGCCCUCUCUGUCUACCUCCGUGCGGAGUGCCAUGAGAAGGCUAUUCAAUGUUUUGCAGAAACCGGCCAGUUUAAGAAGAUUAUUCUCUACGCAAAAAAAGUCAAUUUUACCCCCGAUUAUUCCACUGUUUUCCGGCAAGUGAUGCUGGCCAACCCCAAGGAAGCUAAAGAAUUUGCAGACAUGCUACUUGCCGAAAAAGAGCCUAUAGAUUAUAACGCGAUUGCCAACGUGUUUCUCGAGUUCAACGAUUUGCGCGGCUUUACAGCGUUUCUCUUAGAGGCCCUCAAGGAUGACCGAGAAGAGGAUGCAGCUUUGCAAACAAAACUAUUGGAGGUCAAUCUUACGGGGGCACCGCAGGUGGCAGAUGCCAUCAUAGCCAAUGGAAUGUUUUCCAAAUACGACCGCUCCUACAUUGCUCAGCUCUGCGAGAACGCCGGGCUCUACCAGAGAGCUCUGGAGCUCUACAGUGACGUCUUUGAUAUCAAGCGGGCCCUUACCCACUCGGAUGGGCUGAAUGAUGAGUGGCUGGUCAACUACUUUGGCCGGUUGAAUGUGGAGGACUCAUUAGAAUGCUUGCGGGCUCUUUUAUCCGCCAACCCCCGCCAGAACCUGCGCAAGUGCGUACUCAUAGCCUGCAAGUACCAUGAGGCCAUUGGUGCUGCCAGUCUCAUUGAAUUGUUCGAGGGUGAAAACUGUUAUGAAGGGCUUUUCCAUUACCUACGCUCCGUUGUGGACAGCAGCGACGAUGCCGACGUUCAUUAUAAGUACAUCCAAGCCGCCGUAAAACUCGGCCAGAACAAGGAGAUCGAGCGCAUCUGCCGUAAAAGCACAUGUUACGACGCUGAGCGUGUCAAGAAUUUUCUGAAGGAUGCGAACCUUCCGGAUCAACUCCCGCUAAUCAUCGUGUGCGACCGGCACGGAUUCGUCCAUGACCUCGUGAUGCACCUCUACCGCCACAACUUAACCCAUUACAUCGAAAUAUACGUCCAAAAGGUCAAUACAUCCCGCCUGCCCACGGUGGUAGGGGCUCUGCUGGACGUGGACUGCUCGGAAGACUUCAUUAAAAACUUGAUUAGUUCUGUGCCAUCUAGCUUUGACAUUGCCGAGCUCACCAAUGAAAUUGAAAAGAGAAACAAACUGCGCCUUAUACUUCCCUGGCUCGAGAGCAAAGUCAGCCAGGGCAGCCAGGACCCCGGGAUUCACACCGCAUUGGCCAAAAUAUACAUCGACUCCAAUCAGAAUGCGGAACGUUUUCUUACCGAGAAUCACUACUACGAUCCCUUGCUCGUGGGCCGCUACUCCUCCAGACGGGAUCCGCAUCUCGCCUUCAUCGCCUUCAGAAGGGGUCGAUGCGACGCCGACAUACUGCAGCUGUGCCAGGAGAACGCCAUGUUCAAAAAUGAGGCGCGCUAUCUGGUUUCCAGGCGCGAUCUUGAUUUGUGGGCAAAGGUGCUGGACAAGAGCAAUCCGUUCCGGCGGCAAGUCAUAGAUCAGGUGGUUCAGACUGCCCUUCCUGAGACGCAGGAAGCCGAGGACGUUUUGACGACUGUAAAGGCUUUUCUUACGGCCGCUCUGCCUGACGAGUUGCUGGAUCUUCUGGAAAAACUCGUCCUCGAGAACACCUCGUUGUUUGGGAGCAACCGAAGUCUGCAGAAUCUUCUUCUUCUCACUGCCAUCAAGGCGGAUUCCUGCAAAGUCAUCGACUUUAUCAACCGCUGCGACAACUACGACGCGCCGGAAAUCGCCAGGGAAGCGCUUGAGAGCGGCUUAUUCGAGGAGGCAUUCACCAUCUACAAAAAGUUUGACGACGCCGUGGCGGCCAUGCAAGUGUUGAUCAACAACAUUGGCGACGUCGAGAGAGCUUCCGAGUUUGCCAACAACUGCCACCAACCAGAAGUGUACAGCCUCCUUGCGAAGGCACAGCUCGACAAACUACUUCUAACGGACGCCAUCCACUCGUACAUUGCAGCGGGCGAUCCCUCCAAUUACAAAGAAGUGGUGGACGUGGCCGGUCGCCUAGGCGAAUACACGGAACUCCUCAAGUUUCUCGUCAUGGCGAAGUCAAAACUCAGAGAGCCCUUCAUUGAGGCCGAGUUGGUGUACGUCUUAGCCAAGUGCGAAAGACUCAGCGAAUUGGAGGAUUUCUUGUCUGGCCCGAACGUACUCGCCCAGCUGCAAAAUGUUGGGGAGCGGUGUUACAACGAUGGCUUGUAUGCGGCGGCAAAGAUCAUCUUCCGGAGCGUCUCAAACUACGCCUUUCUCGCUCUGACUUCCAUCCGCCUGGGCGACCUGCAGACGGCCGUGGACUGCGCUAAGAAGGCCAAAAGCACCAAGACGUGGCGGGAUGUCUGCUUUGCUUGCGUCGAAGCCAAGGACUUCCGCCUGGCCCAGUUCUGCGGACAAAACCUUGCCGUCCACACCGACGAGCUCGAAAGGCUCAUCCAUUUCUACAGCAGUCGAGGCUACUUUUUGGAACUGAUCGACCUUUUGGACAGCGCGCUCGGCUCGGACCGUGCCCACAUGGGCAUGUUUACUGAACUUGCCGUUCUCUACGCCUUUCACGCGCCUGAACGCCUGCUGAGCUACCUGAGCAUGUUUUGGUCUAGAGUAAACCUGCCCAAAGUCCUACGCGCCACCGAGAGGGCGCAUCUAUGGAAGGAGCUGGCCUUUCUCUAUGUCAAAUACGCCGACUGGGACAACGCGGCUCGCCUGGCGAUGGCCCAUCCGACCGAAGCCUGGAAGCACUCCGAGUUUAAAGAGAUAAUCAGCAAAGUUGGUGCAAGCGAACUCUACUACAAGGCGCUGCAGUUUUAUAUCGACUAUGCGCCCACGCUGUUAUCCGAACUGAUGAAUGCCAUCCUGUCCAAAAUCGACCACGUACGCGCCGUCAAGUUUUUUCAGAAGACCGAGAGCCUCGCCCUCGUCAAGAAUUACUUGGUAUCCGUUCAAGACAGGAACAUCGAGGCUGUGAAUGAAGUCAUCCAUACAAUGUACAUCGACGAGGAGAAUCCCGACAUGCUGCGCCUCUCCACUGAAAAGUACGACAAUUUCGACAAAAUCGCUUUGGCAAAGAAGUUGGAAAACCACGAGCAACUCGAAUUCCGCCGUAUUGCCGCUUUUCUCUACAAAAGCGCCAAGCGGUGGGACUUAGCCCUGACGCUUUGUAAAUCUGAUUCGCUCCUUUCUGACGCCAUCGAGUACACCGCGGAGCUGGCCAAUCCCGAAUCAGCGGAAGAUCUCCUGAAAUACUUUAUUGAGCAGAAAAACUACGUCUGUUAUGCUGCCUGUCUCUACACUUGUUUCCACGUGCUCCGUCCCGACGUCGUGCUGGAGUACGCGUGGCGUCACCAGCUGAUGGACUAUACCAUGCCUUACCUUAUUCAGAUCAUGAAAAAUUAUGGAGAUAAAGUCCACGAGUUGUCUGCUUUCCAUCAAACUAAACUUGCGGAGGAACGGCGCGCUGAAAAGGUUCCUCAGCCGCUUUUACUCGAUAACGAUCGGCUGAUGAUCACGCACGGCCCCGUCAAUGGGUCGGGUAUCAACGUCAACGACGCCGCCGCCGGGAGUUUUUUAAGCACUGGUUUGCCGGUGAAGGCCUGGGAUGCUAAGUAACGCUGCUGCACCAAGAUCAACACCUUUUAAUAAAUAAAGCGGGACCUUUUUUU